CUCUCUCAGUGGACAGGGAGGGGGAAGGGUGGCUGAGGAAAAAGUAAUCCCUCUGGCAUUCAAAGCUGAGUUGCUCUCUAAGUCACCGGUUCCUGGAAUACAUAAAACAAGAUCGAAGACUGUCAAGGGGUAUCCAGGGGUGCCACACUCCACAAGGCAGCUUCUGGGCACUCACCAUGCGGUGGACCCUGCUGCUACUGCGGCUGCUGAAUGUGCUGCACCAGAGCCAGGCCGAGACUUUCCAGGAGAAGGUCCCGCUCUUCCGACUCACUCAGCAGGGGCCCUGGGAGAGUGACGGCAGCAACGCCACGGGCUCACCCUGCGAGGGGCUCCCGGCUGCAGGAGCCUCGGCCUUGACCCUGGCCAACCGCAGCCUGGAGCGCCUGCCCAGCUGCCUGCCGCGCUCGCUGCACAGCCUCGACGGCAGCCACAACCUGCUGCGUGCCCUGAGCAUGCCCGAGCUCCGCCACCUGCCGCAGCUGCAGGUGCUGACGCUGCGCCACAACCGCAUCGCAGCGGUGCGCUGGAGCCCCGGCGGCCCAGGGGGGCUGCACACGCUGGACCUCAGCUACAAUCAGCUGGCCGCCCUGCCUCCCUGCGCGGGGUCUGCGCUGAGCAACCUCCGCGUGCUGAUCCUUGCCGGGAACCCACUGCAGGCGCUGCAGCCUCGGGCCUUCGCCUGCUUCCCCGCGCUACAGCUCCUCAACCUCUCGGCCUCCGCUCUGGGCCUCGGAGUCCAGGAUGGCAUCGCCGAUGGAGCGUUCGCUGGGGCGGAUGGCGAGCCUCUGGCUGCGCUCAAAACCCUGGAUCUCAGCAGCACAUACCUAGAGCGAGUUGAACCUGGGUGGAUCAGAGACCUGCCGAAGCUCACGUCCCUUUACCUGAGGAAGAUGCCCAGGCUGAGGAUCCUGGAGAGCGACAUUUUCAAGAUGACCCCUCACCUCCAGCAUCUGGAUUGUCAGGCCUCCCCAGCACUUACUUCCGUCCACACACACAUCUUUCAAGACACUCCUUGUCUACAGGUCCUUCUGUUCCAGAAUUGCAACUUGAGUUCCUUCCCUCCUUGGACCAUGAAUUCCUCCCAGGUUCUAUCCAUCAACCUCUUCGGCAACCCUCUCACUUGCAGCUGUGAGCUGUCCUGGCUCCUUGUGGAUGCAAAGAGAACUAUCCUAAGCAGGGCCAAAGACACUAUGUGCAUACCGGCUGCUGAAUCUGGAGGUCCCUUCUCCGUCCCUCUUCUGCUCUCCCAGCUGCCUGAUCUGUGCAGGUCAGACCACAGGACCACCGUCCUGGCUUCAGACCCACCCUCCUUUGACCACUCAGCCUAUGUACCAUCUUCACAGGGUCCCUCCACCCAGCCUUCGGGAGGCCAACAGAGCGUCACCAACACCCGCUCCCACACUGCAGUUUCCCUCUUACAAGCUGCAUGGACUCAUGGUGAUGCUGGGCAGGGGACUGCCCAGUCCGGUGUCAACUCCACAGCAAGUUACUAUAACUUCAGUGUUCCACCCAAUGCUGCCAGCACAGCUGGGACAAAUCAUGGAGGAAAACAUACUACCAGGAUUGUCCUUGAAACUGAUGUCUCAGCUGCCUCCACCCCACAGGCCAGCAAACACCACGGUCCCUUCCCCACCUCAAGGAACCCCGUGCACACAACUCGGCCUGAUCAGAGGUCACAGGCCACUCCCCAGGUUCCCCAGCCGGGUCCUUCGGCAGGCGGGAUUCCAGUCAUCUUGUUGGAUGACUAUGGUGAAGAGGAAGGGACCAAGGAAGAGGUGAGAGCACCUGAACAGUAUGUCCCUUGUGAUUACCAUCCCUGCAAGCACUUGCAGACCCCAUGCGCUGAACUGCAGAGGCACUCAGGGUGCAGCUGCCCUGGCCUCAGCCGGGAAGACACUAUCCCGGACCCCCCCAGGCUGCAGGGGGUGUCAGAGAUGACAGAUACAUCAGCACUCAUCCUCUGGUGUGCCCCCAACUCAGUGGUGCAUGGGUACCAGAUCCACUACUUCGCAGAGGGCAAGGCAGAGAACCAGUCAGUGGUAGAGAACAUCUAUGCCACCGCCCGUCAGCACCCUUUGUAUGGGCUCUCGCCUGGCACCACAUACCGCGUGUGUGUGCUGGCAGCCAACAGAGCUGGCCUGAGCCUGACUCGGGCCUCAGGCUGGAGGAGGGCAUGCACCAACUUCACCACCAAGCCCAGCUACUUGGGCAUCUUGGCAGGACUGUGUGCAACCAGCAGUCUUCUGCUCAUCAGCACGCUAGUGCUGUCUGUGUGUCUCUGUAGGCGGGGUUCGACGUCACACAGGCAGUGCUACGAUACACACUUGGUGGCCUUCAAAAACCCAGUGAUGGCUGAAAGCGUAGCUCAGUGGUAGAGCACUUGCCUAGUGUGUACCAGGCCCUGGAUUAAUGGGUUCAAUCCCCAUUACCAAAAAUACACAACAGGAACGACAGCAAAAUCAAACAACCAGCCUUUGGUUAUCUGCUGGAGCUCCAGAUCCUCAAUUAGCCCAGCUUCCUUCUAAUCAAACUCCAUCAACGUGCAGAAGAAGAUACAGAGGAUUAAACAAAGGACAACAGAACAAUGGCCCAGUGGGCUCCAAUUCCAUGAAGCCAGCAUGCCUGGGGCACACAGGGAACUUGCCAUACUGUUUCUCAGCUCAAGGAACAACUGCUUUCCCUUCCUUCUACUUUGCUCAGAAACCUGGUCAAUGCCAGACCACUCUCAUUGGCACCUGCCAUUCUUUUGUGUGGUCUCAAUGGGUUUUCAGCAGUUAAGUGCUCCUCAGUAUCCAGUAGAAUAAUAUAUGGAAGUUGGAAGAGAGAAAACAGAAAUUACAUAACCCAAUGUCUUCUGUCAUAUGGGAAAUUACUUCCUUGGGUCUUCUUAGCUAAAGUCCCCUUACAGUCAACCUUUGGCUAAGGCACAAUUAAUGAGCUGUAUUAUUCAAGGACUCAACUCCAGUGGAUUCUUAAUCUGAGAACUGGCAGCCAGGGAAAAGAGCUACUGUGGUUUCCUGAAGGCCUUCUGGGUUUAUUAGUUGCAUUGCAAAAAAAAAAAAAAAAAAAUGUCCUUCUUGCCUUCCAGUUAAAACUGGUCUUCUGGGAACAUCUCUGAAAUGCAGGAAAAGGCUCUUAGUUUAAAAGUCAGCACUUACUGCAUUUCACCCAAGUCUGAGUGGACAAAGUUACUAUAAAUUCCUAUUUAAGGAAGCAUAAUAAGCUUACUUUUACAAACUUUGUUUAGAUCUAGAAAAGAAAUGAGCAAAAGAGAAUCUCUAAGCUCUGUCCAGAAGCCAAAACAUCUCUCAAUUAUAAAAAUGUCUUAUGAUUUGUGUCUGUGUAGGAUGCAUCUACUCUUUCAUUUAUGACAAACUUAGUGGGGGAAAGUGAUUCUAUGAAAUUAUAACUGGGGCCUUUAUUUCUAGAUUUUGAUAUUCUGUAUUAGCAUUAAUCUUCUGUGGCUGCCAUAUUACCAGAAACUAAAUGGCUCAGAAUAGCAGAAAUUUACUUUUUAUAGUUCAGACCAGAAACCCCAAAUCAAAAGUUAGCAGGGUUGGUUCCUCCUCUUGAAGGUUCUGAUGGAACCUUUGUUUCUUUUUCCCUUCGCUUCUGAUGGUUGGUGGCAAUCCUUGGUGCUUCUUAGCUUGUAAGGUAUUAUUCCAUCAUCUCAUGACAUUGUGUCCAAAUUUCCUUUUUCCUGUAGACACUUAGUCAUUUAUUAAGGCCCACUGUAAUCCAGUAUGACCUCAUCCUGACCUGAUUAAAUCUGCAAAGACCCUAUUUCCAAACAAGGUCAAUUCACAGGUACUCUUAAGGACUUGGCCAUAUCUUUUGGGGGGCAUGAUUUACUCCAUAACAGCAAUUUUUUUUUUGUAAGAAAAAGCCAUUUGAAUCCUAUAUAUUUCAUUCCUAAAACAUUCUGCAGAAACUAAAGCAUAUCAAAUUUUGAACUGAAUAACUGAACACUAUAUAUUUCUAGGUGUUUGAAAUUUUGAAAGUUUCCUGAAAUUCUAAUGUGUAUCUCUAACUUCAUCACAUAUGCAACCAAGAGAAUUAGACUGAUUUAAAAGAUCUCUCCCAGCUCCUACAUUAUAAACAGGCUGGUACAAUUUAUUAAAGAACAGAUUAAUAUUUUAGCCUCUAAGCCCAUACAGGUCCACUAUCAUCGUCUGGAGAUGGAAGACCGCGCUGCCAACAUUUAAAAGGAUGUUCCACCCUUCUCACAGGCUUAUUUCUUAAAGUUUACAUCCUCACAGAUCUCUCUCUCUUAUAUAAAAGUACAAACAACAGCUCUGACCAACCAUUUUCUGCCCUUGCCAUAAGGGUUAAAUUAUCCCUCCUCCCAUGGACUGCAAAAAAAAAAAAAAGCCAAAAAUGUGACAAAUUAAUGUAAACUCCUGACAUGUAAUUAAA